UUUGGAUUUGAUUCCUUUUCAGAAGUUGUCCCCAAACCCUCCAUCUGGGUGGAACCUGGUCCCUUGGUCACCACGGGGAGCCCUGUGACCAUCUGGUGUCAGGCGUCUCUGCAGGCUACUGCCUACGUUCUAUAUAAAGAGAGGGGCUCUGAGCCCUGGGAUACGAAGACCCCACAGAACUUCAGCAACAAGACCGGUUUCCUCAUUGAAUCCUCCAGCUCACAGCAUGCAGGGCCCUACGAGUGUGCGUAUUACACCCCUGAGCGCAAACUCUCAGAGCGCAGUGACCCCCUGCUCCUGGUGGUGACAGGAGUGGAGAGAGCACCCUCCCUCUCAGCCCAGCCAAGCCCUGUGGUGGCCUCAGGAGGGAGCGUGUCCCUCGUGUGUCGCUCACAGGACACAUCGGGCACUUUCCAUCUGCUGAAGGAGGGAGGAGCUGACCCGUCCCGACACAUGGAACCGCAAUCGAAGUCCAGUGCUGGGCGGACCUAUGCCCGGGCCACCUUCCCUGUGGGCCCCGUGAACUCCUCCCACGGGGGGACCUACAGAUGCUAUGGUUCCCCCAGAUCCUACCCCAAUCUGUGGUCACACUCCAGUGACCCUCUGCAUCUCGAGGUCACAGGUGUGCACAGGGAGCCCUCCCUCUCGGCCCAGCCGGGCUCCCUGGUGCUGCCUGGAGACAGCCUGACCCUGCAGUGUGGCUCGGAGGCUGGCUUUGACAGAUUCGCUCUGACCAAGGACCAGGGGCUCACACACCCCCAGCGCCUUGAUGGGCAGCACAGCCCCGACUUCCCCCUGGGCCAUGUGGACCACACCCACGGGGGCCGGUACAGAUGCUACAGUGGACACAGCCUCUCCUAUGCGUGGUCGGCCCCCAGCGCCCCCCUGGACAUCCUGGUCACAGGAAUGUACAGGAAACCCUCCCUCUCCAUCCUGCCGGGCCCCUCAGUGCCCUGGGGAGCGAACGUGACCCUGCAGUGUGGAUCUGAGAUCUGGUUUGACACCUUCCACCUGCACAGGGAGGGGUCUCUGGAUCCCCCCCAGCACCUUCGUCUGCAGAAGACGACUGCACCCUCUCAGGCCAACUUCACCAUCAGUCCUGUGACCUCAGCCCACAGGGGCACCUACAGGUGCUAUGGUUCACGCAGUGCCUCCCCCUACCUGCUGUCACACCCCAGUGACCCCCUGGAGCUCCUGGACUCAGGUGAGGACCCCCAGCCCUGCCCCUGUGUCCUCAUGGUCAGUUCAGGACCCAGAUCACAGGCCACCAUGGGCUGGAAUAGCAGUGAGGGGGUCACAGGAGGGGCAGCCAGAGAGGACCUCACCUCCCAGAGGGAUGGAAAAAGGCAGAGCAACUCCCACCCCUGCCUCAUCGUCACCCGCAUCCCUGAGGCCCAGACAUGUUCCCGGUGGGCAGAGGGAGGCUGGAGAGACUCGGACUGACCAAAAGGGGAAAAGGUCAAAGACACCCAUCCCGACCCCCUUCCGUCUCCAGUCCUGAGUCCACACCCUGAGAGACCAAGACAAGAGUGGGGACUAGCAGAGGCCUUGGGCCCCAGAGAGGACAAGACCCCCUGCUGGGGCAUGGCUGGUCUCCCAGGGGGUGGGGCCUGGCAGACAUACUGGGGACCCACAGGGCUCCAGGACUCUGAGGCUGGCAGGUGACAGGUGGGGUGGCCAUGAAAGAGGGAGACGCUGUGGUCCCUCCCUGGGGAGGAGCAGCUGGGAGGAAAUGGGGAGAGGGAACAGCUCCUACCCCUCAGCUCCCAUCUGAUCCCAGGAGGCUCUGAAAAUUGGUGCCCCUGAGUGAGGCCCAGGGAGGGCUCAGUGAGUGUCUGUGGGGAGGAGGUGGGGGAGGAGCUCAGUUUG